AUGGCAUUCCGAUUCCGUCGAGAAGGUGAUAGGAUCAAACACCGCAUGCACGAGGAGCUAAGUCGGUAUGAGUUCCGUCUUGGAGAUGCUCGAACCCUCAAGGCUCGACAAGCCCUUCUGAAGGACCAGAAGAUGGCACCGACGAUGCAGGUCUUCUGUGACAUCAAGACCAAUGGUGUGUCAACCAAGGGUCUCAAUGCUACUAAAGGUGCUGAUAACCGUCCGGAACAUGGACCGCUAGAAUACAUAAGACUAAGUGUCUACUGUUUCCCUGAUGGGUUGACCUAUGUGAUGUGCUGA